CAUUUCAUUUUUCUGUCACACUUAUCCGACCAGGCCACAUGUCAGAGCUUACACCAGUAUCGAGCUUUUCAGCUUGCUACCUUAUACCUGAAAAUCCCUCCAUCGGUAAGGCACUAGUGAUAGCCCCAACCUCCGCUAACGUGAGCCAGGUGCAUGUUGGGAAAGGACAGAUUAGCUCAGCAGUGAAAUGGGAGAUGGUAGAUUCACAGCCCUACUCCUGGGCCAUGAUUGACUUACCUAGUGAUGAGCAUCGGGUCAUCUGGCAUCCUUCUACCAAGAUUGGAGUCUAUGUCCAAGAUGGAGGAAGCUGGAGUGAAGCAAUCAUCAUAAGCAAAGAACCAGCCCUACAGGGUUGUCUGGUGGACCGAUCAAGCUACAGCGUCAUAGAUCAGUCAGGGACCUGGGCUGAGAUGAUCGGCCAUUGCCAGCAAGAGAAUGGUGAGCUACUGAGCAUCAACAACGAAGGCAUCCUGCAAGAGCUCUCCCGAAACCUAAACAACCCACACAGAGAGAAGGAGGUCUGGGUGGGCCUUCGCCGCCGCCUGCUCAACGGAGACUGGUACUGGUUGAAUAAGCAGCCCAUGAACGUCACCAAGUGGUUCCACGGGCAGCCAGGCAACUCCGAGGACAAAUUCUGCGCCUCUAUGUCUCUGAGCUCUGACAACAACAAGAACCUCCGUUGGAAGAGCCGCAGCUGCUGUCACACCCUGAAGCCUGUCUGUUACAAAAACGACGUUUACUUCCCUUUGACAACUCCAGUCUAGGGAUAGGCUACACAUAAGUCUUUCUACUCAAGGCCCUUAAUACUCUGUGUUGGUAUAGUGUAGUUAUUGAAAGUAGUAAAGUUAAAGAUGAUGGAAAGAGUAAAUAAAUAUAAAAGCAUUUAGUGAUACAGUAUGUUCAAAGUAUGAGGCCUAAGUAUGAGGCCCAUAACUCCUUUGUAUAUUAUUCAGCAUGGUAGCAUGUACAACUCCACAUCCAAACUCAUAGGGUGCCUCUCAACAUCUCUCCUCGAUCCUCGAUGGGCGUUCCCACUGAUCUAUAACUUACACUAGAUAGACCAUGGAGGUAUUAUAAGAACUGGAGAAAGUGAACAAGUCCCGCCCCCAUUCAUUUCAAUGGGAAUGCUAGGCUAGUGAAAAUUGCCAAAAUUUAACGAUUUUUUCAGGCUUCAACAUGGCGUUUUAAGGGGCUUGUUUCCGGUGCCGUUUUACUUAGCCAAUUAAGUGCCAGGUUACUGAGCUAAGCUAAGCUCGUGCAUGAGCUGAGAGUGGAACAGCCACCAAUCAGCAUGAGGAGAAAUGGCACCGGACAUGAUGUAUUUCUGGAAAAGGAAGGAAGUGCCUUGCUAAUCGGCGAAGCUAAUCAGUCAAAUCCUGACCCCCUGAGAUAGACUAUCCCAUUGUUGCCGCCCCAUCAUCCUUUAUCUAGAUCAGUGAGUACGAGGAUCAAGGAAGGAAGGGAGGGUGUAUAAAAGACCAAAUGAGAGGCAACCAGAGUUCUUCUUUCUCCUCACCUGCCACCAACCACAUUAGGUAACAUAACACUGACACCUAGUGGUGUGGAGUCAAGCACUGACAACAAUUAGGUCCUUAGGUGUUUCAAUUUCAACCAUUUAUUUAUCGCUUUAUUGUCAGUGGUGUGUUUUCUUCUUUUUUUAAUCUGUAGUGUCCAUUUGCCUUUGCAGUUGUACUAUUUACUUGUGAUACACAGAUAAAAAGGUUAUUGGUUGCGUUGA